AUGGACGCAUCCCUAUCCCCUACCGCCUUCUUCUCCCCCUCAAAAGCCAAGCAGCAGCGCGCCCAAGCCCAAGACUGGGCCCACGUGGAAGCAUGGCUCUUCAACAAAUACCGCGGCCGGAGUAUACCGCCUUUCGAACGCAAUGAAGCCACGCUCAGUGCAUUGCUAGCUUUGGCCGCGGCCAACGAGCGGGCUGAUGAGGAGACGGAGCUCUUGCGGAAGGUGCAGGAGGAAGCGCUGAAGGAGCUUGAUGAGACAGAGACAGCAGAGGGCGAUGCCGAGAUCCUGCGAGCCGUGAGCGCGAAUCUUACGCCGGAAGGCAGCCAAAGCCUCGACGCGCUCGCCGGUCUCACCGUCGCACUCGACGCUCCCAGCCCUAACCCCGAGACCCUCGCCCAUACCCUCAUUGACAUUCACACAACCUCCCACCGCCUCUCCCGACACCUAACCGACCUCUCCACCACUUCCGCCUACCUCGAGGCCGAGCACACCAGCCUCCUCGCCCAACUCGACCUCCUAACCACCUGCCCCGCCUUCACAGCCCCACCCGCGCUACCGCGCGAGACGGCCGCUUGGACGCGCCAGACGAAGCAGCUCCGCGCCAAGGUGCGCGAGUACGAGGACAGGCUUACGAACCUGCCGUCUGCGGCCGCUGGGGCUGAUGGGCUGUCAUCCGCGUCGAUGCAGAGGAUAGCGGAGAUGGAGGAAGAGGUUCUUGGCGCGAGGGAGCGCGUGCUGGAGUUGGAGGCGAGGGUUAGAGCUUUUGAGGGACUGCCGCAGGAUAGGGAAAAAGCUAGAGGGGCAGUCAGGGAGAAGGAGAGGGAGUUGGAAGAGCUGAAGAAGAGGAGGGAUGGGUUGUUUGAGGGGCUGGUGGGUGGAUGA